AUGAGGUUGCUGCCAUUGCUUGCGUUGGCCAUCUCGCUCAUACCUAGCGCCCUUGUCCUUGCGGCAUCAAUACCUCAUGUUGCGCGCAACCAGGUUCAUGGGGUUGUUCUCUUAGGAGCAAGAGAUGAAACAGCAACUCCAUUGACAUCAAGUGAUCACUCGGCAGCGAGUAUAGUGAGUAAUGGCACGGUUACGGUCAACUCUACUUCUACUUCAAACACGACUGCCCCGGCGUCAACGACUAUCGCAUCGCUCAACACGUCAAAUCCUCGGGUCACUCCGGCGCUUGGAGUGGGCGGCAUUGUGCUCAUAGCCACAGGUGCUAUUCUUGCCCUGAUAGGGAUACGCAAUCUAUGGAUCCAAGUCUUUUUGUCGGCUGCCUUCUUGACAAGUUUAGGAGUCACGGUCUUGAUUGCAUAUGUCAUGAAUCCCCCUGUACGCGUUGCGAUACAAGGUGCCUAUCUUGUCGCUAUCUUCUUCACAGGGGUGACAUUCGGAGCACUCUCAAUUGUGUUCAAGGAGUUAACCGAAGGCCUUGGCUGCUUACUGGGAGGCUUCUGUACCAGCAUGUGGCUACUUUGUCUGAAGCCAGGUGGUCUUCUCGCAGGGACCAACGCCAAAUCCGGGUUCAUCGGCGCCAUCUCGGUUGCAUUCUAUGCCUUGUCUUUUAGUCAUUAUACUCGUCCUUACGGGUUGAUUGCGUCGACCGGAGUGGCGGGAGGAACUGCUGUCGCUUUAGGGAUUGAUUGCUAUAGCCGAGCUGGGCUGAAAGAAUUUUGGCUGUAUCUGUGGGCGCUUAAUGAUGACAUCUUCCCGCUUGGUACUGGAAGUUAUCCCAUCACUCGCAACAUCCGGGUCGAGCUGGCCAUCAUCGUCAUCAUUGCCAUCCUCGGGGUUGUGUCCCAACUCAGGCUAUGGAAACUGAUCAGAGAGCGCCGGCGCAAAGAAGACGAAAUCCGGGAUGAAGAAGGAAGGAAGAACGAAGAGGCCGAGGCCGAAGUUUGCCGCAGAUUAGAGGAGAACAAUCAGCGGGAGAGAGAGGAAUGGGAGGCGCGAUACGGCAACUCUGAAAAGAAGGAUAUCCCCGAGCUUGGUGACAAUACACAAUGUCCCGCGGACAAGGUUGAUCUCGAGAAGGGCAACGCAACCGAGAUUAGGAGCAUCUCAGGCUCUUCUCAGGUCUCGUAUCGCUGCUCUGACUGUAGACACAGGGAAGGCAGUGAGGAUUCAUUUUCAGAAGCGUCUGGAGCCACCGAUGACCCUAGAGCUUCUCAGCAUGUGAAUAAUCCGGACGGAACCACCGGUCAAGUGGGCCCCAGUCAAUUCAGGGUCUUCGACGGGGCAGCUGCGGCAAAGCUAAAAAAUGGCGGGGACUCUGAUGUAACUGCCACAGUUGGCUCAGAGGGAGGAACGGUGAGCUCGAAACACUUUUUUGGCCAGACCCUCCAAAAAAAGAUAUCUAUCCAGAGCAGCCUCAGACCUGCACGGUCACAAGAAGCUCAUACGGACGAUGAUUCUACCUUGUCGGUCGAAGGUACUAAGGACGAGAACAAAGACGGAAUUGGCCACACCGGCGAUGAGGCUGCAGGCCUUGACAAACGAAGGCAAGCGUCGCAAGAAGAAAGAGACGCCUGGGGACUUGCCGCAGGCCGAGAAAUUGCUGAAACUUGGGGAGGAGUUGAAAAUACAACUGCCCCAGGGUGUGCGCCAACUGGGAGAGGGGAGAAGGGAACGCCUGCUGUCAGGAUGUUGGAGAAGCCUGUGAGCAUGGAUGAUCUACGAACUGCUAGGCCCAAGCCGAUAGAGGAGGGCUCAGGCGAGCACGGAAAAUUGACGGCACAUGAUGAAGGAGCUCCUUUCUCAUCAAAUCGCAAUAAGAAUGAGGGGACUGAAGCGCUAGCCAUAAAAGAGGCAGAUCUCAGGGAUAACUCACAAACACCGCCAACGACUAGCGUCGAAAAACAAAAUAGCGAGAAUGCGCUGCUACAAGAUGCGCACGGCAUUUCAAAGAAGCCCAGCCUAGGAGAGUCGCAAGAUACAAACUCGUCAAAAACAACUCCAGGGAAGGGUGGCAUCCAGAAACGGGCAGAUGAAGAAAUUGAGAGGAAGCAAUCCUCAUCAACGGAAUCCAAGGCAAAGAAAAGGAGAAAGGAAAAGGCCAAACUGGACGCCCAUACUGUGAAACGACUGCCGGAGCGGACAUCGACUGUAGUCCAAUCAUACCGCACAAAUGAAUGGGCCAAGCAUUUAUGUGAUGCCGAGAUACCUGCACCAGAGCCAAUUGCACCAAUAGUGGAGGAAUCGCCCGAGAACCCCGUCGAGGCUGGAGAAGUCCCUGCACCCGUCAACGUAAAGCAACUAUUGCAGACACCUCUCACUGCCGAACCAGCACCUGCGGUCGAGUCCCGUGUCUCGUCGAGGAAGGAGCAGCAAAAUGCAGACGAUGGCCGCCGGAUGUCUCAUGACUCCAAACCGCGUCUGGUCUUGGGAAUAAGCUCGCCGAAUGUAGAAGAGUCUCAGGCAGGCUUCCCAUUCGGCGGUGUUCCUUUGGUAGGGGCGCAAGUCGUCCUGUCCUCCAGUGCUCUUCCUAGCCCAGGGUCCAACAGUGCCAUGCGCACCCUCUCGGGGCCCGCUGCCGAACUGCCGCGAGAGGAUCAAGAGGUCACCAAGCCAAAGUGGAAAGGACCACCUCCGCUGCUGGCUCUUCGAGAAGAUAUGAUGCGAUCUCGGGUCUCCUCCACUUUCCUCAGCCUCGAUCCAUGGGCAUCACGAAAUAGCUCACGACAUUCGAUGGUACUGGACUCGUCGACUCCGAUCUCCCCUAGCAUUUCAAAUCCAGACGAAGGUGAUGACGUGCCACUUUCCCGUCGCCGUGCGAUGCUCCAUCAACAGGGAAAUCUUAGCGCACGCACGAGCGUCCCGACUCCGUCGCCAAGAUGGAGUCACCCGAGCGCAAUCGGAGCUGACAACGCCCAGAUGGUAAUGGCCGCGUGGAGGGAGUCUAUUCGGGAAGAUUUGGAAGACAAACGGAACCCUCUAGCGAGGCAAGAUGUUCCACUGGGCGGGACGGGAGCGGGCCACCGCACUUCGUCGCCCCCCUUGGGUCAACCUGGGCGGAACUCCUCAUCAAUGAGCCUCAAUCUUGACCAGGCGAUUGCGGACAAGGUGCAGCGCGGAGGCAUGACUGAGUUGCAUCGAGACGCUAUGCGGCGCAUGCAAGCCAAAGCCAACCAGAAUGCCAGUGGAUAG